CCCCGCUGGCAACUGUCCGGGGCAGAACGAACUCUAUAUAAGCCACGCGUCGAAGGCCUCGUCCAUUCCAGUCUCAUAUUUCUGUUGCUAAGAUGUACCUCCGGAUACUCCUAGCCUGUGCGACGUGCGCGUGCGCCGCCUCGGCCCAGAGGUACGAAGCUCUGGGCGUGCUUCAGCCGGCGAGGACGACGGGCCUGGGCAAGCAUGAGAAGAUGGUGACGGCGACUAUCGAAAUCCUACCCGACGUUGCCAAGACCCUGAAGGAGCUGGCCAUCAGGAUGACUCGCUCUCAGGACGACCCCUUCGAUGCCCAGAACAUGUUGGAGAUCCUGAUGGCGUUCAUGCCUGUUACCCGCAGAAUCCUGUUCGCUGUGGCCAGGGCCGAGGGCCGGACCGUGUCCGAGGAGGAGCUGCAGAGGCUGGACCGCGCCGAGAAGAUGUUUCCCUCCGCCUUCAAGUUCAUGCUGAAGAUGCACGGAGGUGACCUCUUCGGUGUCGAAAACCCCGACGCCGAGAGGGCUCCGAAGGAGGACGCCGUCGCCCUCGCCGACACCAAAGUGAGCGGCUCGUUCGUCCAGAUGCCCCAUGGGAGAGGGAUGUUCAUCCACCACGGGUAAGCGGAAGACACACGCAGACGAAGGCACAGGAGUAGGAGAAGGAGCAAAAACAUCGUUAAGCUUCGAUGGAAGAGGAAGAGAAAGAGAAAAAGCGCAAGACAAGGAGUUAAAGGAUGACAAGGAAAACUUCAGCGAGAUGAGACAACAGGUGUAAAGAAGUUAGAAGUGGUACAGAAGAAAACGAGAACAAGAGGGCACGGAAUAAGAAGAGACUGUAGUUACAGAAGAAAAGUUCAUUAUAAGGGCAUUAUAAAAAUCUCCGCUGGUCUGAUGUAGGCCUAUUCUAUGUUAAUUUUCCUCUGCUAUUCAUUUGUAUAGUGCUAUCAGGAUUCUGUGAUAAAUAAUAUAUUCACUUACCUCUUUACAUGUGUUCAUAGAUGUGAAUAAACUAUGUAUAUGUUC